UUAUUUCUUUUAAAUUUAUUUUAUUGUUUAUUUCUUGUCUUAUUCUUGAUUGGUGCGAUAACCCCUUAUGCGAUUUUGGCCGUUUAUUGUUUAUUUAUGCACUUGCACUCAGUUGACAUUCACGCCAGCAUGCAGUUGUAACGGCUCUGAAUCCAAUACAUCAAACAAACAAACAAACAACAACCACAAAAGCAAACAAACCUCAAUAGUAAAAUUAUGCAUUUCUUCUAGGCUACCUUUGCCGUCAUUUGAUGAUGCCACCACCACUGGAUUAUUUACAUUUUGCAAAAAAAUGCUCGGACUGCGAUUACUUUGCAAGCUAUGGCUUUUUUACAUGCUCUGUCCGCUGACGAUUGCCUUUGACACAAAUCCUCAGCUGUUUCACUAUUACCGCAGCACCAAGUACACUCUCUCGAAGCCAUUGCCUGGUAAAACGUAUAGUUUUGAUCGCCGCCCUUUUGGUAUAAAUAUAUUCCACCAAGCAACAGGUGUGCCGCAUAAAGGUGAAGCAAACAAUCCCGAUGCAUACUUCUACGAUUUGGUUAAUAAUGACGACAAUAUGAGUACUAACACUGUGUCUUCUUACCAUACAAUGGACAAUAAUAAAAAAAAUAUCGACACUGCCAUGGGCCAACAGGAGGGUUCAUUUUGCCGACGUAGCUUCGAUGGACGAAGUGGUUACUGCAUAUUGGCUUAUCAGUGUCUGCAUGCGAUAAAGGACCAUCGAAAACAUGGCACUAAAAUAGACAUAUGCGCGUAUGAGCGAAACUUGCCGGUAAUUUGCUGUCCGUUGGCGGGAAAACAUGUGGAACCACAAAGCAUUAGCGGAAAAAAAUGUCAGCAAUAUAAUGAUGUGCUUCAAGGGGUGAAAUUCAAUGUACCACGAGAAUUUUCUGGUAAAACCUGCGUGCCAAGCUUGCCGAUGAUUGUCGGCGGUCGGGUCGUCAAUGAAGGCGAAUAUCCGCAUAUGGCUGCAUUGGGUUGGACUCAAAUUAACAACGGCAUCAGGUGGGGCUGUGGCGGCACUUUGAUAAGCGAAUUGUAUGUUCUCACGGCAGCACAUUGCGCAACCACCAACGAGAAACCUCCUGAAGUAGUGCGUCUAGGUGCACCGAAUCUCAAUGAAAACUCAACUGAUUCGCAGAAUAUACAGAUUGCCAUAAUCAUUUUACAUCCAGAAUUUCGUUCCUUCUCCUAUUAUAAUGAUAUUGCCUUGAUCAAGUUGGCACGACAAGCAAUCAUUUCUCCUAAAGUCAAACCCGCCUGUUUGUGGCAACUACCAGAUAUAGGUAUAUCUACUGUGGUAGCUACUGGUUGGGGGCGCACAGAAUUUCGCGGUUCACAGUCCGACAACCUACAAAAGGUGGAGUUGAGUAUGAUCAGCCAGAAUUUAUGUAAGAAAUUUUAUAAAAAGGAACGUCGCUUGCCAAGUGGUAUUAAGGAUGAACAAUUUUGUGCCGGUCAUAUGGCUGGUGGAAAGGAUACAUGCCAGGGAGAUUCGGGAGGUCCAUUGCAUGUUGAGGUACCGGAACUGAAAUGUGUCAAAUUUGUUGUUGGCAUUACAUCGUUUGGAAAAUUUUGUGCAAAACCCAAUGCCCCUGGUGUCUACACAAAAAUUUAUCCAUACUUGGAUUGGAUUGAAAGUGUUGCAUUUAACGACGAAUGAAGCGGUCAUUUAAGCAGACCAAUAUUUGAUUAUAAAACUGUGCUCGACCAUAAUAAACGAAUAAAGAAUAUAUGCUUACCUGUAUAACGGCUAUAAAGAA